AUGCUGCUGAGGCGUCGCCAAUGUACCAAACUGUCGGUGGCCCUUAUCCCGUUCAGCCGCAAGGAGAUUCGUUGCAUGGAAAAGGUGAUCGAAGAGCAGCGUCUACGUUAUGGCGUCGUCUGCUCGCGGGCCACCAGUGGCACGCAAUUCGUGCGUUUCGUCGAUGGCCAGCUGAUGCUGACCCGCCACAGCCGCCCGAUGCUCCAGGAAUCGGCUGAGACGCCGGCCAAAGUUGGCGACAUUAUUGCGUUUGCUUGGAAGAAGUACGCGAACCUGAACGGCUGCAUCGGCGUGGUGGAUAGAUACCUGGUCGUCCCGCCCGAGAAGCAAAAGAGCUCCUUCUCAGCCUCCGUCAAGAACCACCCAAAAGGAGGUCAUUCGGUGAUGGUUUCGUGCGAAAUGGAGUAUGUUGGAAAAGAGGACAGCAGCUCGGUCUUUAUAAACGAGCAUCUAGGCCGGAUUUUCGAUGAUGUAGGAAAAGUCCCGAAUGAGUCUCUGCUUGUGGGCGGUCGAUACCAAUGUCUAAUCACCCGACACGACGAUCGAAAACAGAAUAUUCAUUAUUGGAUGGUGGUCCACUGCCAAUUCUUCCCAGAAUCGAUUUUAAACGGCCCCACUAUCGGAUUCGCGACGAAGCUUCCCGGAAGUGAGCACGCAAUCAUUUGGCCAUGUCACGAGCGUUUCAAGCGGCCGCUGAGAAUUAUAAAAGAAACGCAAGUCGCUUUAUUA